CGCUGCCAUGUUUUUGUACGGAAGGAGCGCAAAGCACGCUGGGACUGACGCUGGUGUUUGAAGGCGGGACGGCGGGAAUUCUCUUCCCAGACUUUGGUGAGGAAGAGAGGAAGGUGAAUGGAAGGCCUGUGGACCCCCUGGCAGGACUUCAUUAGACUUCACUGGAAAACUUCAUAGGAAAACAGGAAUUUGAGGAGGAGAUGGAGCGCGCACACACUUUAUGUCAAGACGGUGUGUCCACAGGAGGUGUUUUAGCCCACUUGGAAAGAUUAGAGGCUCAGGCGAACAAAUCCCGUAAAGAAUCUGAAGAACUGCAGAGAGCUCAACCAGAGGAAAGUGCUCUUGAAACCAAGAUUCACCAACUGAGGCACAUUCGAGAUAAACUAAGGGCUGAAGUGAAGCAACGACAAGCCAGAGAUAAAGCAUCUUUUGCCAACAUAGAACCUGACCAAACAGCAGAGAUCAGUGAGCAAGAUGUUUUGGAAAGAAACCAGGAAACCAUGAAAGCCAUUCUGCAAGCAUAUCAUUUUACAGGGCUCAGUGGAAAAGUGACCAGCCGUGGAGCCUGUGUCUGUAUCAGCACUGCUUUUGAGGGGAACCUACUAGAUUCCUAUUUUGUGGACCUUGUCAUACAGAAGCCACUCCGAAUCCAUCAUCAUUCCAUCCCAGUAUUCAUUCCUUUAGAGAAAAUUGCUGCAAAAUACUUACAGACUGAUAUUCAGCAGUUCCUGUUCAGUCUGUGUGAAUACCUAAACGCUUAUUCUGGGAGGAAGUACCAGGCAGAUCAACUUCAGAGUGACUUCGCAGCCCUUCUGACUGGGCCCUUGCAGAGAAACUCCCUGUGCAACUUGCUGUCAUUUACUUAUAAAGUGGAUCUGGGGGAUCAGUCCUUCCCAUUUUGUGCCAGAUUGCUAUAUAAGGACCUCACGAGAACACUUCCAACUGAUGUCACCGUUACAUAUCAAGGAAAGCAUCUGGCUGCCCGCUCACAGAACCCCCAGCUUCUUUAUGAACUGAGGAGAACAGAAGAUGUUUUGUCUUCCAGCCAUCUGGGCCCUGUAAAGCUACUGUUCCUACUGUCUCACCUUUCUAGGAAGUUCUGGCCAUAUUCAGAAGGUAAACAGGAGCUCCUUUGGUGACACAGGUUUACCUCCCUGGCCUGGAUGGAUGGUUAACACUAGCCCACACUGUAAGGAAUGUUUCAGAUGGACAGAAUAACAAGGAGACAUGAAGGAAGGAAACUCAGGAGUGGGAUUUAAAACUGCUUUAAUUCUUGACACUUGACUUCAUGUUACUGACUGGCUGUGAAGAAAAGUCGGUGUAUCUUUCUGAGCCUUAGUACUUUCAUAUGAACCUAUAGAUACUGAUGCAUUUAGCUCAGAACUAGAUUCAUGGAACUGGGCUCAGACUCUGAGAAGAAAUAUCUGCAAGGAAAUAAGUCAAUCUCAGAGGUUCCUUGAGUGACAGCAGAAGACCCAUUCAUCUGACUGGAAUCAUCAUUUUAGGAACUUAAAUGCCACUUAAAUCUAUGUCUGCUUGCAAAGGAAUGGACCAGCAGACUGCUCAUACAGCCAAGAAGCCCUUCUCCAACGGGAACUUGGACAGAGGAGCUUACCAUGUCUACGAUGUUUGCCAUAACCAGAAUGAAGAUGGCUAACAUGGCCCAGGUGUUCCUGGCCCAGCGGGUCCGAUCAAUCCAAGUGGAGAAGGCCACAAGUUUCUUAGGAAAGGCCUAGAAGGAAUAGAAUUUCAAGGGUCAUGAGCCUUUGAUAGCCCUUUGUCCAGUAUACAUGACUACUGAUAACUCUUGUUGCUCCCAUACUCUAUUCCUAGGAACCUAAAAAGUGCCUUGCCACUGGGUCACCCAAAAACUGAUCAAGUGGGACCACACUAAGAAGACAGUGCCAGAGUCCAGGUACUCUUUAUCAGUCCUUCAGGUGUGUGUGCAUGCAACUCCAUGGCCUCCAGUUGCCACUUGGCAAAAAUGCUGACCAUCCCAGGAGCAUGGACAACACUGGCCAGUCACUCUCCAUGUCCAAGAGCAUAGGACAGGGUAAGGAACAACUUUCAGGACCAGCCUUCUGCCUAACCACCUAUCCCACCCUUUCCUAGGUCAUUACACCUAAAUCCCCCAGGUUACUUUGCAAGCCACCUGUCCGAUUUCUCUAAAACACUCCUUUUCUCUUAUCCUUCUGAUCAAACACUGCCUGGCACCCCCUGUGCCUGCAGGAGAAAGUCUUAAUCCCUUUAGUCUGGCUUUUAAGGUCUUUCAUAGUCAGAGCCAACCCACCUUCCAGCCAGGCCUGCAUUGCCUUUCUACCCAGGUUCCCCUUUAUCCAGAUUACCUUACUUGUAUGCUGUAGUACCAUGGCCCAUCUGAGUCCAGCCCAGAGGGUUUGCUUAGCUGAUAGUGAACAGAUGAAUGGAUGUAUGAAUGAGGGAGGGAGUGGAUAAAUGCCUAAAUCAUCCCAAUAAAAGACAAGAGUCAGAAUUUGUCAGGAAGAAUAGAUCCUUUAGUAUGCAGUUUUAUAGAAGUGCAUUCUCUUCCAGAAGCUUCCAAGCCCAACAGACAAUGCUUCUUACCCGUGGGAAGAUGGCAGCCAUUGAACAGAUGGUCAGGAUCAGGAGUAGAAUCUCCCCAACCACAAAGGUCACAUAGUUUGUCAUCAGCCUAUGGCAGAGAAAUGAUGAUUAAAGUACAAGUGAGAUUAGGUGAGGAGCUUGGAGAGUAUAGAGACAAGCAUGGCACAGGCUUAUUCCUACAGUUACAUGUGACACCAGAGAAUUGCUGCUGCACAAAACGAGAGGCCCUAGGCAGUGCGAUAUCACUGAGUACAGGGCCUGGGAGUGCACCACCUCCCCAGUUGUCCUCUGGGACAUUUCCCAGAUAAAGGUUAAAGAGCCACAGAUAUGCCAAAUGGCCCAAUAAAAACUUGGGGUGGCUGGGGUUGUAACUCAGUGGUAGAGCACUUGCCCAGCGUGAGGCUCUGGAUUUGAUCCUCAGCACCACAA